AUGUUCCGCUUGCUGCUGCUGUGGAUCACUGUGGUGCUAGUUGUAGCUCUGGAUGAGCGGGAAUUCGAUCCACAGGUGGCACCACCUACAAGUUUGGUUCCCAAACACUUUCAACUAUGGCGUAGUUUUGCCAGUCAAGUGCGCAUGGUCUUCAGUCGUUUUCAGCUUAAAGCACCCACUGCACCACCACCCACCGUUAAGACCAGGAUGGGUAUUACCACCAGUACACCAAAACCAGAACUGCAGUUCUAUGGAGCUCUGAAUCCCAUAUAUCAAACGGGAAACUUUUAA